UCACAUUAUUAGAUAAAUGAUAAAUAAAAAUACCAACAUUCUUCAGAAUUUAACCAGUUUUAUUUUAAUAUAUUUUAAGGCGAUUUAGAUUUUAUUGAGUAUACAAAUAUAAUGGCAUCAUUGAAACCAAGAAAUUCUAACGGCAAAAUAUUACUGGAUCAGCUAACCAAAGAGUAUUUUAUUAAAAAUAUUCUUUGGGCUAGAGAAGCCCAAGGAGAAAGUGUUGAAAACUUCGAAUUUAAUAAAGAUCGCUGCCGAGUUUUAUCGCCUAACGAAAAUAUUAAGGAUAAAUCAAAAGGAAUUCUAUACUGGAUGUAUCGAGAUUGCCGCGUCCAGGAUAAUUGGGCUUUGAUUUUUGCUCAAAGAUUAGCUAUAAAGAAGAAGUUACCACUACAUGUUUGUUAUAGCCUUAAAGACGCACAUGAACAAUAUCCAACACAAAGACAUUUCAAUUUUUUUAUUGAAGGUUUAAAGUUUGUUCAAAAAGAAUUUCAACAACUGAAUAUUGGAUUUCAUCUAUUGAAUGUGUCACCAAAGGAAUUAGCAAAAUUAAUUGCUAGCAAUGACAUAGGGGGAGUUGUGUGUGAUUUUAGUCCUCUUAGACACCCAAAAAAGCUCCAAACUGAAUUGUUAAAGAGUCUACAUAAUGAAAUACCAGUAGUACAAGUAGAUGCCCAUAAUAUUGUACCUGUAUGGAUCGCAUCAGACAAACAGGAGGGCAUGGCUAAAUUUCUGCGUCCUAAAAUAUCAAAAAAUCUAGAUGAAUAUCUCACGGGAUUCCCAAAUAUAUCUAAACACAAAUAUUCAGGAAAACUAAAUUUACAAAAUGAAAUUGAACUUGACCAGGCUGUAAACUACUACACUCCAAAGUACGAUGUACCUGAAAUAAAAUGGGGCGAUGGUCCAGGUCCUGAAGCAGGGCUUACUAUGUUACGUAAAUUUAUCGUAGAGAAUUUAAGAGAAUAUGGAAAUACAAGCAAUGAUCCGUCCAAAGAUAAUACUUCAAAGCUAUCUCCAUGGAUCAAUUUUGGACAAAUAAGUGCCCAAAGAUGUGCCUUAGAAGUAAAGAGUGUUAGUUCACUUUUCAAGGAACAAUGUGAUAAGUAUUUAGAAGAGCUUAUAGUACGAAGGGAGCUGACGGAUAACUUUUGUUAUUAUAACAGCAACUACGACAAUCUAAAUGGAGCCGCUAAAUGGGCCCAAGAAACGUUGAAAGUACAUAGUAAGGACAAAAGAACUUGGACAUAUACAAGAAAACAGCUCGAAAACGCUGAGACACACGAUGAAAUGUGGAACGCUGCACAGUUACAAGCCCACCAAGAGGGUAAAAUUCAUGGAUAUAUGCGCAUGUAUUGGUGCAAGAAAAUUUUAGAAUGGACCGAAUCCCCUGAACAAGCCAUCGAAUAUGGAUUAUGGCUUAAUGACACAUUUUGUCUAGAUGGGACUGACCCUAACGGAUAUGUAGGUGUGAUGUGGUCAAUAUGUGGAAUACACGAUCAAGGCUGGAAGGAACGAGAAAUUUUCGGAAAAAUUCGCUACAUGGUUGAUUACAGUUUAAGAAGAAAAUUUAACAUGGAUGCGUAUUGCGCUAGAUAUGGACGGAAAAUACUGACAGAUUCAAAAAGGAAAAGGGAUGCAAGUAGUGGCAGUGAUGACAAAAAAGGAAAAAACAAGAAAAAAGCGCGUUAAUAGGAAAUAUUAGUUAAACUUAAAUUACUGUGUUGAUUUCAUGGCUUUAAGAUACUUAAUUUUAACAAAAUCAAUGGGAAAAUCCCAGUAGCUGGCUGUAUACCAUAAUUAAAAAUCAUACAGAACAAGUAAAAUCUUCGUUUGUACAAUGGUAUAAAAAGUUUAUUGAAAAACUAUUAAAAAGUCAUCAAAAAGGAUUCAUCUUCAGUUCGUUCUGCUUAGUAGAUGAAACUAGCAACCUUAUAAAAUAGGUGACAAUAGGUUGAAAAUCUGAUGUUAGUAGCGACUCUUAAGUCGAUGUUAAAAGAUAAAUUUAGUGCUCAAAGGGCAACAUGAUUCACUGCUCGAUAAGAACGUGUGGUUCUUGCCAGUUCAAUGGACACAGACCAACCAUUGAACUGUCAUUUAAGUCCAUUGAACUGGCAAGAACCCCACGUUCUUAUCGAGCAGUGAAUCAUGUUGCCCUUUGAGCACUAAAUUUAUCUUUUAACAUCGGCUUAGAGUCGCUACUAACAUCAGAUUUUCAACAUGUAAAUCAUAUUUCUCGAUGUCACCUAUUUUAUAAGGUUGUUAGUUUCAUCUACUAAGCAGAACGCACUGAAGAUGAUCUGAUCUAGAUCGAAAACGUUUUGCGAAUCCUUUUGGAUGACUUUUUAAUAGUUUUUCAAUAAACUUUUUAUACCAUUGUACAAACGAAGUUUUUACUUGUUCCGUAUGAUACUUAAUUUUAAGUUGUAAAGAUGUGAUAUUUUAAAUUAUGUACAAAUUGGCUUUUAUAGACGAACUAUUUUAAAUUACCCUCGUUAUUUUCGACUGAAUUCUUUAUUUGUUAAAAUUACUUAAAGGUGAUUCGCAUUUUACGAAACGUAAACGUCCCGUCACGGACCGGCAACGUCCCGUCAAAAUAUUGUUUCAAAGAAACGUGAGAGCGGGACGUCCCGUAACGCUGCCGACAUAUGAGAACAUCGUGGCUUAAAAUACACUAUAGAAUAUUUUGACGGGACGUUGCCGGUCCGUGACGGGACGUUGACGUUCAGUAAAAUGCGAAUCGACCUUUACUUUAAAUUUUUAUGUAUUACGUUCAUAGACAUAAUAAGAAUAGACUAGGUAUAGUAGGCUAAAUAGUGUAACGUGGAGCAGUCGGUAGGUGGUCUAUUUAUCUCUCUUUUUUGCGCGAUCCCACGCAUGUGACAGAUAAAGAUGGAAAUCCACGAGGAAGAAUUUCCUGUUGCUGGCUGUAUACCAUUAAUUACAAGUAAAAUUUAAUAAAAAAAUUUUUGUCUUGGUAAAAAGCCCCUAUAGGGCUACAAACAUAGAAACAAAACGUUUUCGCUCUGUAACAAGAGUAUCAUCAGUGUUACAAGAACAUGGUGAGCCAACCAAAAAAUACAAAAGUCAAAGCCUUUCAAAAACAGACUAAAAGGCUCAUAUAGAUGCAAACAUGUCAAAAUCCAAAUGAUGGAUAUAGUUCCUAUGGCUUCGGCCCUAAGGCAACAUAUGACUCCCACACGUGGUAAGUGGGUCAAUAGGUAACAAUUAGGUCAUUAUGUUACAAGCGGGUCAGUUGCCUGUCACCUCUUGUAACAUAAUGACCUAAUUGUUACCUAUUGACCCACUUACCACGUGUGGGAGUCAUAUGUUGCCCUAGGGCCGUAGCCAUAGGAAUUACAUCCAUCCUUUGGAUUUUGACAUGUUUUUGAAAGGCUUUGUAUUUUUUGGUUGGCUCACCAUGUUCUUGUAACACUGAUGAUGCUCUUGUUACAGAGCGAAAACGUUUUGUCUCUAUGUUUGUAGCCCUAUAAUAGGGGCUUUUUAAACUAAGACAAAAUUUUUUUUAUUAAAUUUUACAGAUAAAGAUGGCUAGACCAGUCAAAGUGAAUAUUAACCAAUGGCGUCCUUGAUAUUGGCGUUACAACUCGAUGCACAGGGCGGCCCAUACCUUACCUUGUCUAUUCUUAUUAUGUCUAUGAUUACGUUUUUUGUUACAGUAGGUUACAGCUGUUGAUGUUACAAAACAAUUUAUCAAUUUUUUUUUGCCACACUCUAGCCAGAUUAUUCAACACUUUAAUGCACUCUAUUUUGAUGUCACCCAGUUUUCACACGAACUGUUUAUCUCAGCUAUAAUCAGAAAAUAUUGUACACUCAAGUUGGACUUUUAUUAAAUAAAUUUCACAGAAACUGAAUUGUAACAUUUUAGUUAAAUUAGUUUUAUUAGUAGACUUAUAAAUCAUAUUAUACAGUGUGACCCAUUUAGAUUGGAAACACCUGUAUAAAAUUUAAAGUUGUUAACCGAUUUUAACCAAAUUUUUUUUAAUGUCAUGUAAUAAAAGGUCUAUUGCGGGACAAAAUAUGAAAUAUUUAGUUAAAUUUUCAGGGCAUUCUACGGUACUUUUUCUUCGUCGAAAAUGAAGAAUUUGUAUUAGCGAUUUUUUUAUUAAAAAAAUUUCUACGCCACUGGAUUUAGAGUGGCUUCAAAUAGCUAUGACAAAAAUUGCAUUAAAAUAUAUUUAUUAAUAACGAAGUUAUGACAACUUAAAAUUUUAAAACUCACUAAGCUACGAGUCAAAAAAGAACACCCUGUAUCAACAGAUAACCAUAAAACUAAUUAUUUUUCAAAUAAUUUUAAUAAUAAACCACUACUAGACAAAAAAAUGUUUAAAAUAAAUUUAAAAUGAAAUUUUUGUCAUAGCUAUUUGAAGCCACUCUAAAUCCAGUGGCGUAGAAAUUUUUUUAAUAAAAAAAUCGCUAAUACAAACUCUCCAUUUUCGACGAAGAAAAAGUAUCUUGUUAAUUAUUAAUAUUAAAAUUAUUUGAAAAAUAAUUAGUUUUAUGGUUAUCUGUUGAUACAGGGUGUUCUUUUUUGACUCGUAGCUUAGUGAGUUUUAAAAUUUUAAGUUGUCAUAACUUCGUUAUUAAUAAAUAUAUUUUAAUGAAAUUUUUGUCAUAGCUAUUUGAAGCCACUCUAAAUCCAGUGGCGUAGAAAUUUUUUUAAUAAAAAAAUCGCUAAUACAGAUUCUCCAUUUUCGACGAAGAAAAAGUAUCGUAGAAUGCCCUGAAAAUUUAACUAAAUAUUUCAUAUUUUGUCCCCGCAAUAGACCUUUUAUUACAUGACAUUAAAAAAAAUUUGGUUAAAAUCGGUUAACAACUUCCAAUUUUAUAGAGGUGUUUCCAAUCUAAAUGGGUCACACUGUAUAAUAUUAAGGUUUUAUUUUUAAUUUAUUUGCAGUAUUUUAACACUAACAGUAAAAACACAAUAAUUUAUAACAUUUUAUUUACUUCACGCAGCAAAUGUAUUUAUUAGACUAAUCACUACAAUUAUGUCUCCCUUUUUUAUAUUUUGUUAACAACUCUUAGCCUAGAUUCCAAUAGAAAUUUAUUGAUAAUGUUUUUAAACACAAUUGAACGUAUGUAUACUUAUUAUUUUAUUAAAAAUGUUUGUAACACUUUUUAAAA